AUGGGCAAACUACUGCGUCCCGAGGACCUACCCUCCGAGUACCUACCAUCUGAUAGCGAGUACCAGCUGUCAGAUGUCGACUCCGCUACGAAGAGCGCCGUGCGCCAAACUCAAACUCCCAAGCCAAACGACAGUCCAUCACAAGAGUCCCUACUACAAAUUAUCCGACGAUAUCCCAAGGUUGUGGGCUAUGUUAUCGGUCUCAUGUCGGCAUUUCUGCUGACGGGAUACGACACUUGUGUCGUGGGCGCCAUUCCCUCUGUACCACAGUUCCAAAGAGACUAUGGCGAACAGUUUGGUCCCGACAAAAACCACUAUAUCAUCCCCUCACUGUGGCUAUCGCUCUGGAGCGCCCUCCCUAGUGUCGGGCAAAUGGCGGGCGCGAUAAUAGCAGGGUCAUUGCAGGACCGAGUGGGCCGACGGUGGCCAUUAGCCGUGGGCAGCGUUCUCUCAGCUGUAGCAGUGGCUGUGACAUGCUUGUCGAGUUUGCCGGCAGACAUCGUGACUCGCCGGGUCGUGUUUCUCAUCGGCGAGAUAGUGCAAUGUUUCGCCUUAGGCGUGACCGAGACCGCUGCGCAGACAUACAUCUCCGAGGCCGUGCCGACCAGUCUCCGUGGCCCGGCGAUGGCUCUCCUCCCGGCCUUCGACAUGAUAGGCGAGCUGCUCGGCUCUUUGGUGGUCUUGUUGUGGUCUGGCGGUACCUCCAGCAGCGCAUACAUGGUUUCCUACAACUCCAUGUGGCCUUUCUCGGCGAUUCCGCUGCUGGUGGCCGUGUUUCUCCCCGAAAGCCCUUCCCACCUCGUUCGAAAGGGAGAUCUAGCUCGCGCACGCCGCUCCUUGCAGAAAUUACACACUGCUAGCGUGGACUGUAACCAGCUCCUCGAAGAUCUGAAACAGUCCGUCGAGUCUGAGAAGAAAGACCAAGACCAAGGCCAAAGGGUCUCCUACCGCGAUUGUUUCCGCGAUGAGAACAAGCGACGCACAAUGAUUUCCAUGUUUGGCGCUUCCAUGCCAGUCUUGUUUGGAACCUCUUUGCUGGUAUCUGCCAGUUACUUCUUGCAAACUUUAGGCAUGGAGGCCAAAGACAGUCUUUUGAUGACCGUGUUGGGCAUUGCCCUGGCCCUGGUUGGCAACGGCGUGGGAGUCUGGCUGAUCAGCUGUGUUGGUCGUCGGAGGCUUAUUUUGGUUACUCUGUCUAUCACAACAGUAGUAUGGCUUUCCAUGGGUAUAUCAGGCUGCUUCUCUGGCAUUGCGACUGCCUGGUAUGCUGGUGUGUGUAUGGUGAUAGUCAUCGUAGUCUGCUCCAUGGGUGCAUGGCCCGCCUGCUUCGCAGUGUUGGGCGAGACCUCCUCGUUGCGUCUACGAGCCAAGACACAGGGUCUCUGUGUCGUCAUUUCUGAUCUGUGGAGCCUUGUCUUCAGUAUCGUCCUGCCCUACCUGUACAACUCGGACGCUGCCGAUCUGGGUGGUAAACUGGGAUUUAUCUAUUUUGCUCUGGGGGUACUCGCCGUUUUUGGAACCUGGUGGAUGAUCCCAGAAAUGAAGGGGCGCAACAGUUCUCAGAUUGACUUUAUGUUCAGGAUGGGACUACCGACGAGAAUGUUCCGUGGGUGGUCGGGCCAGGUGGAAAGUGAAGACACAUGGGUUUUGGCUCGGGACUUGGGACAAUAG